GCAAAUACUGAAGGUUAUGGAUAGGGUUCAGAGUUGUAGUCAGUGAGCACUUAAACCGACUCCUAUGGGAGCCCCUCUAUUCACAAUCGGAGCAGUAUUAUCAGACUCUAAUCGAUUUCUACGCCGCAGUGAUCAUCAACAAACGCUCACUACGAUGAAAGGAAUACGUUACAGGUAUUCAUCACGACCAGGAUCUUCAUACAGAAGCUCUGCUAGAGAGCUAUGCACAGCAUGAUUUGGUCGCCUUGAUUCGUGUGAUUUGACGGAUAUGAGUACAGUGUGUUAAACAACAUUGAUUGACGGUCACCAAGCUCAACACGCCUCGGGAAAUUUCACCGAAAGGAGAUCGUGGCAUGCGCACUGACGUCUGACGAGCAGACGACAGUUACAUUCACGCCAAACAGUCCUGUGAUUGUGGAUUUGUAAAUGAAAAAGCUGCAGUGGAAUACCCAGGAAGAUAUGUUUGUGUAGUUAUAUAUUUUAUAUUCCACGCCUGAUAAACUGGAUACUUGGAUAUGUGAGGAUACAGCAGCUAAACUACUAAGGAUAGAAUACUUAAUGUAUGUGUGUAUGGGUAACCUUAUCUCCGGCAAAGUGAAAACAUUUCCUGGCUGAGGGUUAGGGGAUAUACACCUGACAGCGAAGGUCAUAAAAUGUUUGUGAACAGUCAAGCUGUGUGAUAAAUGUGCGCUUUCUAAUGUUGGUCUCGGGUGAUGUCAUGGCGACGACUUCGGAACAGUACACCAUGUCGGAGAAGCAACUGCUUCUGAUCAAUGACACUGAAGGAAUAGGAGCAAAUAUCAGUGUCGGAGGCUAUGUAGUGGACGCUGCCAAACGGAACCACACCGUAAUGGUUGCCAGCGUCAUGUUUGGCACCGGGGUCUUCGGCAAUCUCCUGGCCCUCUUCGUCCUUGCAACGUCUGCCAUUGAGCAAAGAAGGACCUUGUUUUACAAACUGGUCGCGGGAUUAGCUGUCACGGAUCUGUUCGGGACGUGUGCUCUGUCACCUGUUGUGAUAUCUGUAUAUGUGAAUAAUUUCAAGUGGAUAGGUGGCAUGCCCGUCUGUCAUUACUUCUCCUUCAUGAUGAUAUUUGCCAGUUUCACUACACUGUUCAUCGUUACCUCAAUGGCAGUUGAGCGAUACAUCUGUGUCCGACAUCCGUAUCUGUACCACACAAGGCUCACAGCGACAUAUGCUAAAGUCACACUUAUAGGUUCCUGGGUGUUAUCAAUAUUGAUUGCCUCGUUUCCUCUAAUGGGAUUUGGAAAAAAUAUAUACCAGUAUCCAAAAACAUGGUGCUUCUUUGACUACUUGAGCAAGGAACCUGUAAAUAUUGCCUUCAAUUUGUUCUAUGCCCUUAUAGCUUUAAUCGCUAUAUUCGUGACCAUCAUUUGUAAUAUAGUUGUAAUAUACACUCUCAUAAGGAUCAGGAAAAAACAAGACAUACUCAAUGCCUCAGGUGGGAACACAAGGAAGUUUAAGAGCAAAAACAAGAGGUACGCCGAGAUUCAGAUGGUGGUACUCCUCAUUGGAAUUACUGUUGUCUUUGCAAGCUGCUACUUUCCGCUGAUGAUUUAUGUGCUUCUGUGCCAGACAGACCUGGUCACUUUAAUGAAGACGGACAAAAUGGGUCUUCUGCUGAUCCGCUUCGCUUCAUUCAAUCCUAUACUGGAUCCCUGGGUUUAUAUCUUAUUUAGAAGAGAGCUUGUAUGGAAGAUCGUAAAUGCCAUAAAAUGCAUUCUAAGGAUUGACCAAAAAAAUAUACAAAAUGUUAAAACUCCUUUGAACGAAGAGGAACCAAACUGUUGUGUGUUUUGUCUACAGUGUCUGUGUGAACCCCCAAAUACAAAAACAAACUACUCCGUCUCAAGGCCGUCCGCGACGUUGCAAAGGUCGCCGUCUGAGCGGAGACGUCUCAGCGAGAAUUUAUACGGGAACGGAACAGUUACCUCAAAACUGCUGAUUAAACCUCCUUCACCGGCAGAUGAAAUGGUUUUAAAGUCAUACAGGAACGCACAAACUAGCAGUUGAUUGUUAUUAUUGAUUUCAUGGUUAUACCCCAUUUUAGUUCAUUAAAUAUUUGUGCAAACAUGACAUGCAACGGAUGCAGAAUGUUAUUUUUAGACUAUGGAACAAUUCUGCAAUUUAAUGUCAAACGACCUAUGAUAAAGUAUGUACGUUUGCAGAAUAUCAAUCAUUAAUGGUUCUGUGUUUGACAACAUGUCAUCGGUUUUUCAUUUUCAUCACAAUCACACAUUCAGUUGGACAGGUUCUCUGUCUACCUAUAUUGGCAUAUUUGUUAAAAUGCGUCCACGCCUUCCAACGGAGAAACCAGUUAAACCCUCAGUUAUUCCUUUAGUGGGGUUUAUUACUACUGAUUCUUUGGUCACAUGUUUGAUUCAAAGAAAUAUCUUAUAAACCGAAAAAUCAAAUGUUGGUGAGCUGAUUUCAGUGAAGGGGGCCAGCCACACCCAACUCAGAGUACGUCUCAAAGGGGCAUGGUCUACACAUAUAACGGGUUCGAUCUGAUAAUGUUAUGAAUGGUAUUUAAAGAAUAAUACUGAUGUUAAUAUGGAAAUGGCAUUUAUAUGAAAAAUUAUUCAAUCAUUCCAUUCAUAAUUUAUCAACACAUUUGUAAUAUAUGUCUCAAGCCUGUGAUAACAAAAUAACAGUUCGAUUAUUUGAUACAUGUGUUUGUUAAAAAACAAUUGAAUUGUAUGUAUAUAGUAUAUAAGGUGUAGUUCAAAACAAAACAAGGAAAUCAUUUUCUCUCUAAUCGUUUAAGAAUGUUUGUAAUGUAAACAAAACACAAUCAAAUUGACAUGCGCAUGGCGAUAUGGUAUUUGAAAAUAAAUGCAUACUUUCAUAAUAACGGAUAACCUUUAG